GGGGCACCCCCUUAGGGCUGACGGUCAGUUUGUAGCGCAGACAGCAGGAGAAGCAGGAUACGGCAUCCAAACAUGGCUUUGAAUCGGAAUCAUUCGCAGAACGGCGGCGUUUUGAUCAACAAUGGAGAAAGUAUUUUAAGGGAAUGUAAGAACGUGGAGCUGUCAUUCAGCGAUGCCACCUGCAAGACAGACCUGCUGAAGGGGACCAAGAAGGGCACGGUUUACCUCACACCGUACAGGUUGCUGUUUGUAUCCAGUAAUACGAAGGAUUGCCUGGGUUCAGCCAUGUUCCCCUAUUAUCUGAUGAAGGGCUGCAGCAUUGAGCAGCCUGUCUUUGCAGCAAACUACAUCAAAGGGACAGUUUCAGCUGAGCCUGGUGGUGGCUGGGAGGGCCAGGCCCAUUUCAAGAUGUCAUUCCCCAGUGGAGGGGCCAUAGAUGUGGGACAGCAUCUUUUCAAACUGGCCACAAAUGCUUCCCGUGCUGCUCCUGCCCAGAAUGGUGCUGCCUCUUACGGCUAUCCCUCACCUGGAAUGAUGAAUGGCUACGGCCCCGCUCCACCUGCUGCUCAUGGCUAUCCCUACCCACCUCCUCCCCAGCAGAAUGGAUUCUACCAGGGGCAACCCCCUGCUGCUGGCAACAUGGGCUACAAUUAUCCAACAGCCGCUGCAGGAAUGUACCCAUCUGGUUUUGACUACAUGGCCCCACCUCCCCCUUACCCUGGGCCACCCCAAAAUUGGACUGCACCCCCCCAGAACUGGACAGGACCACCACCACCUCCAGGUAACUCCAAGGCAGCUGAAGCAGCAGGCAGCGCAUAUUACAAUCCCAGCAAUCCACACAAUGUCUACAUGCCCAUGGAGCGGCCUCCACCAUAUGCACCUUAUCCAGACUCUCCUAACAAGAAAACCAACUGAGGCUCAGGCUUCAUCAGUUCAAUGACACUCCUCUCCCUCCCUCUGUAUCUUACAUAUAUUCUAAAGUAAGGAGUAAUGUUGAUGGAUACCCACUCGAUCGUAGAAUUAAGAAAAGAAAAUGCAAGUAAUAGAGGGCUCAAAGAUGUCAGUGAUAAUUCACCAAGGAACUAAUGAUAUUUUGGAUACUGGAAUAGCUUACAAAGCAAUCACAUCUUUUAAAUACUGUUUAUUCCUUUAUAGUUAAGUUCAUGUAAAAUGAUUGACAACUUGUUACUCUGGCUUUUCAGAGCUUCAUCAUUAUUAACAUUCUCAGUGAUGGGAUUCAUUUUAUUUCUGUCUAGUAGUGGGCGAGGGCACUUAAACUGUCCUUAUACAGAGCUGAGAGAAGGAGGCAGUAUGGGGAAUGUAUUUUUUAAGACAGAUUUAUUACCAAACUAUUUUGUAGCAAUUUCUUGAUUGCAGUUCCUGUAGUUAUUAACAAUAGCAACUCCUACUUUAAGCAGUAAAGUAUUUUUGCAAUAUCAUUGCAAGUACCAUGUGUGUUUCCUAAACAGUUUUGCAUUGAGUAUUUGUCCAUAUACAAAACCACAACUGGGCUGAAGUGUUGAGUAGUUUAAUAUCUGACUGAUUCUCAUUGUUAAAGCUUCCUUCAUAUAUGACCAAUGUGAUCCUGCACUACAUAAGUUAAAUUACAGUCAGUAAUUCCAGUUAUUAUUAUAUGACCAAUAUCUCACACUCCCCUUAAUAGCUUAAUAUAUAACGGAGGUUUUGAAUAUCAAAAGUUGCAGCGUAAUGUUUGAGAAGGGGGAUCAGAUAGAUUUCUUACAUUACAAGUCUAUGUAUGUGCAAUAUUUUAACCUCACAUAAUAAGGUUAUACACGACAAGCUGGGGUUAGCUGACUGACCCUUAGCUCUACUCUUGGCUUCUAUUGUAUUCAUGUAUGCAAAGCCGGGCUGAAACCAGAACUCUCCUGUUUGAGUAAUUACACGAGUGUGGGGUUACAGGGCCACGCUGAUAUAUUAGGGGCCUAUCAGUGUUUGGCCUGCUGUUGAAACUUCUUAAUGCAAACCAUUUAUUCCUAAUUAAACUAGGUCGAGGCACCAACAGGCCGUGUAAUUGCAUCCCCCUCAAUGUGCAUCAGUUAACACCCGUUUGAAGGACUAUUCGCACACAGUAGUCGUGGGGAGCAUUUUCUUGGGUUUUGGUUUUAGUUUGCUUGAGUUGAUCAAAUGUCUGUAUAUUAAUAUCUCUUUUGCAGUUCUUAUUCCUUUUUGCUGAAUUUUGUCUGUCAAUUAAAAUCUAAUAAAUGUGUCAUUUAUGAAAUUUCA